AUGGAAGGUCAAUUUAGUGAUGCGGAAGAAGACUGUCAGCACGUUACGUUUCAGAGAGGAAAGCCGCUGACAAUGCCUCGUGAAUUAGAAUCUUUUGAAAAUCUGACUGUUGACAAUUUGGUUAAUGAGGCUGAUGAAAGUGAUGACUUUUCAGAUGAUGGGUUUUAUGAAACCCACAUUGCAUCUGGCAUCUCAUCAAUAAAUGCUGUAUCUGUUGGAAAUUUUAGUUGCCAGGACAAAACUUCCAAAGUGAGUGACUAUCAACCUCCAGAUAAAAUAUUUAAACGUUAUCUGAAUAAAAUAAAUGUAGACAAAUUCGAGGGACUACAUUUGCCAGGCAAUGUUGGGAAUUCUCUUCUUGAAAGCAAUAGAAAGGCAGACGCAGAGAAGAAUCGAAGAAAAGAUAAACAUGAUCGAGCUACUGUAGAACAAGUGCUUGAUCCCCGAACUCGAAUGAUUGUUUUUAAGUUGUUGAAUAGAGGUACGAUAACAAACAUAAAUGGUUGUGUAUCAACCGGGAAGGAAGCAAAUGUUUAUCAUGCUAGUGGAAAGGAUGAUGAAGAGUAUGCCAUAAAAAUAUAUAAAACAUCUAUAAUGAUAUUUAAAGAUAGAGAGAAAUAUGUUUCUGGCGAGUUCAGAUUUCGCAACGGAUUUUGCAAGCAUAACCCUAGAAAAAUGAUUAGAACCUGGGCAGAAAAAGAAAUAAGAAAUCUGUCACGUUUGCACAGUGCUGGUAUUGUUGUUCCUCAACCUAUUCUUCUGAGAAGUCAUGUUCUUCUGAUGCAAUUUGUCGGACACAAUGGUUGGCCAGCACCAAAAUUAAAGGAUGCUGAUCUUACUACAUCCAGAGCAUGUAAAUUAUAUAGAGAAUGUGUUAUUAUGAUGUGGAAAAUGUUCAAUAAAAGUAAAUUGGUGCAUGCUGAUCUUAGUGAAUUUAAUUUAUUGUAUUAUGAAGGACAAAUUUAUGUUAUAGAUGUUUCUCAAUCAGUAGAAAAUGAUCAUCCACAUGCUCUGGAAUUUCUUCGCAAGGAUUGUACAAAUAUUAAUGAAUUUUUCAGAAAGAAAGAUGUGGCAACUAUGACAGUCAAGGAAUUGUUUGAUUUUAUUACUGAUCCAACUGUAACAGAAACAAACAUGGAAGAAUAUCUUGACAGAGUUUCAGAAAUUGCAGCUGUACGAACUAUUGAAGAAAGAACGGCCCAAGAACUUAUAGACGAAGAAGUUUUCAAAAAAGCAUAUAUACCAAAAACUUUGAGAGAAGUUGUGGAUGCUGAACGUGAUAUUAUGAAUGCUAAAAAAGGUGAUGCGUCUCUUGUGUACAAGACCAUUGUUGGAAUGAAAGAUGAUCUGUCUGAACCACAAAAGGUUCCUGAGAUUCUGUUGAAUUCAGGAGCAUCCAGCAGCUCUGAAGAUGAUGCCUGUGAUGAAGAGACUGAAAAAUCAAAUUUUGUUGACAGUGCUAGACCAAGAGAUGAAUCACCUAAUAGUAAGAAGUUGAGAAAGAAAGCUGUAAAGGAAAAGCAAGCUGAGAACCGAAAAACUAAAAUGAAAAAGAGUGAAAAGAAAAGACUGGAGAAGAAAGGCAAGAAAAAUAAAUAA